AUGCCCCUCUCACUCGUUGUCGCGAUUCCAACUUUCGUGUGCUCAUUGCUCUCGCUUGUGGCAGACGCGACGUUUGUUGUCUUCUAUGUGAUAUUCCCUCCUGAGCGGCACUUCCGACAGGCAUUGAUAGUCAAUCUCCUGGCUGCUGGUGAGUCGCGUGAGCAGCACCCAAGAGGUCCACCAACACGCACUCAAACACAUCUUAUUAACUCGGCGAACAACACCAUUUCCGGCGCCUUUGCUCUUGCCCGCCGCAAUGAGAAGCAGCCAAUUCCGCCAGGUCCCGGCUGUGUCGCGAAUGGCUACGUCGGCCAGUUCUCCGUGCAAGCGAUCGACUUCAGCAUACUGGUCAUCUCCUUGUCUGUGCUCCUCACGAUCCGGCAAAGCAGCAUGAUGCUCAAGCCAUCGAUGCGCCAUGUGGUAGCAGUGUGCGCUAUUCCAUGGAUCCCACCACUUGUCACCGCCAAUAUUGCACUUGCGAUGGAUCUAUAUGGACCUGUCAGCGGGAAUUGGUGCUGGAUUGAAGCGAAAUAUUUCGGACUUCGCUACGCUCUUACGCAUGCAUGGCGCAUUAGCAUAUUUGCAGCCACCAUCGCGAUCUACACGUAUAUAUACAUCCACCUCAUGCGCACAUAUGGCAAGCUUGCGAUUAGCACCGCGACUGGAACCGCCGACACGGACGACAAUCUCACCGCCCUCUCUGACCUCCCUCCGGCCUCAGAUGCGCCAAAACGGCACAUUCGUGUGAGGUCUUCGAUCACGACUUACCACUCCCACCACGCCGAUGAGCAGCCACUGGCUCCGUUCCCGACCAUCUCCGAAAAGGGCGACGCGAGCAGCGCAGAGUCACCCGCAUGGCCUAUUGGGCUCGCAGAGCGCGAGGAUGGCACUCGAAAUGGGCAGAUCACGGUUGUCGCGAGUGCUAAUCAAGCUCGGGCUCGGGCUAGAAAGCAAGCUGUGCGAAAGAUGCUGCUCCUCAAUGGAUAUCCAAUUUGUUAUAUUAUUCUGUGGAUUCCCGGCAUCACGAACCGCAUUUAUGAAGCAUUUGGGCCAUCGCCCAUCUGGCUGAGAGCCCUCCAAGCUUCGACACAACUCGUCGGGUUCGCAAAUGCGCUCACCUAUGCGUACAAUGAGCAGUUCAAUCAGCGAAUCCGAGGCCGAUGAGACACCACCUAGUCAUGUGCGCAUGGUUCUUUGUCCAGUUGUCCAAAGGCUGUUGAUGGCCGAGAUCAGCACACCGAAUCCCAUGAUUUUCCUGCCUCGCGCGCUCAAUGUCUUGCGCGUCGGUUGUGAUUAGUCGUGGUGGGUCGCUUUCUUGUCGCCACAUAUUAUGCGACCGCAUCCAGCACAUCCUCCGGGUGUCGAGGCAAUAAACUCGACCAAUUCCUCCCACAAAUGAACCGGAAACGAUAACCUGUCCAGUGUGCAUAGCUCACGGCGUGAAUCGAUACCGCUUGUGCCCCUUUGACGAAGGAAGGAGUUGAUGAAGUCCUCCAGUUUAUUACUAUCCUCCGACCAUUUGGCAACUUCCGCCGGUCUUCGUCCUUCUGCUGGAACCAAUGUUAUUCUCUUGCAACUUCGGCAUACUACGCAGGUCCUGCACUUCUUGUGUGGACCAAAAGUGGUCGUAGUCGUAAUCGCGGACGGACGCAGCCUCAUCAUCACCCUCUUCGGAAAUAUCGAAGAUAGGUUCGAAGACCUUGAGCGGGAGAGUGCUGAGGCUGGCGCCAUCUCGAAUGCUAUCGAGAGAAGAAGCAGUGCCGACAUUGUUGCCUUCUACUGAUGACAUGCAUUGCUUGCAUUUGCUGCGAUGUUCUCGAAACAUAUCCCAGGACACGUCCUGCUUCCUCGAUGUAUCUCAUCUCGAAGCUCUCGCGGGGGAGCUUAUUGAAGGAAGGGGUUACCGGGUAGCUGCGCCAUCUCUCUAUCUCACUGAUCUGGGAGCGGCGUGGUUAGAUUCUGGUCCAUAUUUUAUCAUCUAUUGCUGAUGGAGAGAGCCAAAGCGAAUCUUGUACCUGACGCUGUAUGAAGAACCGCCAAGAAGAUCAAAAGGCCAUAUGGAUUCACGCAUGUCGCUUUGCCUGUCAAAUAUCAAUGAGCCCUUGAAGACGUGAGCACAAAUCAGAUCAGAUCAUAGCAGCAUGGGGUUGAGUGCGGAUUCAUUAAUAUCAAGACCAAUU